AUGGCAAUCGAGGCACUCGCCUGGCUCUGCCGGGCAUUACGACCGUGCCCGAAUCAGACAAGCUCUGCUCUAUUCAUGUCUCAAGCAAGGCAGAUUAGAACAGCUUCGGCUCUUGGCUUCCGAUUGCAACCUCUUUCCCCCUGGAAUACAGACGUGCAGCAGAACAAGUCCGCAUGCUGGAUGGCCCUUUUUACAAAUUGCAUCGUGGCAGAACAACAGCUUUCCCGUGUCUGGGGAGAAGGUCUUGAGAUCUCGUUUGACAUGAUGCUCCAAGUCAGUGGUGUAGAGAACUUUGUCUGGCUGAACGAUCAUCAAGAUGGUAAGGCUGUGAGCACACGAAGCGGCGGUUACAUAGCAGUCGGCUUUUUUACCGCGUUGAUCCCUAUCAGUCGACAUCCGGGGACACAAGACCGUGCGCCGGGUAUACAAUGGCACUUGGAAUUCACCGAGGACGAACCAAUAAGUCUCGCAACUCUAUCCACAAAAAGGAUUCCGCGGCUGCCGCUCAACAACCUACAAGAUUUGCCUCAGUGCCAAUGCUAUUUGGGCUGGUGUGACGAUGCAGACAUAUUGCUUGGGACCGCACAGAUGCCCAACACCUUGUCUUGGUCUGGACUUCCCCAGAGAAGCAGGUCGCUUCGUGCCUCAGGAUGGAAUUUGACUGGACAGCUGGGAGGAAACUUGGGCCCAGUGCAAGCAAUCGGGCAAGUAACUCGCACUUGGCAGUUGGAAAAUGUGCGCCAGAGAUUCGAGCCUCAAAACACGUACGCCAAAGCCCUCCAAAUCAACUCACGGCAAGUUGCACUGAUUUUUGACGUCACUGCGAAGAGAGCCUGGUUGGUGCCGAAGCUCAGCCUCAUGCUGCACUUGUGCCAUACCUUUGUGCGACAUUUCAAGGACGAAGGAAUGGGGAGCAUCGAUCGGGUGCCUUUUGCCGAGCCCUCGAACGAUGGUGCCCUUGCUGCCAAAGAAGCAUUGUCAGGCCACGGUGACAUCCUUGUCUUCAGUCACGGCUCCACUCCUCAUGAUCAAAUUCGGCUUCGGAACAUCCUUGUCGACAUCAGCAGCAAUAUGUCUCAAUCUCUCGCCGCAGGAGAAAGGCCACGCUUCCUGCGUGCUCUUAGUCCUGAGCUGAUGGAUAUGAUUGCCGAGCCAGGCAGCGGAUCGCUCUUGGCGGAGGUACCGACCAAAUACUUCCCAUCAUCGAGUUCGAACAGCUUCCCGCAGCUCGCAGAUUCGGUGUACGUAUGCUCAGACCUCGGAACUGCAAUUCGCCCAAGCGCUGCUUCCGGUCAAGUUUCCUGCGGUUGUAUGAACCUCGAGCGUGACAAAGGCUACGUUGCAGUGCACCUUCGGUGUUUAGAAGCUCUUCUCCAGCGGCGAAACAAGUCUCUUUUACGUUGGCCGAGCUGGGGCUUGCCACUUGGUGAUGGCCGCCAAUGGUGUCCUGAUCCAUAUGUUCCGUGUUCUCAUCAAGGCAAUGUCUCGUACUGGGCUAAGCCUCGGAACUUCGUGCAAACCACCUCAAGGUCGAGAUAUAUGUUACAUCGUAGUCUUCCAAUGCACGAAGUUCCCGUUAUUACGGGUGCCAGGGUGUUUGGUGGAGUUGAGAGCAUAUGGGACAGGGUCCGCUCGAUCUGGCGAAGGGAAGAAUCGAGAGAGCCGGAGGGACGCUCUGAGGCCUUGAGGAAUGACCAUGGUAAUGGCUCACUUGGAAGCUCCUUUGGAACCUUGUCAAUAUUCGUAGAUUGA